AAGCUUUGUUGAAUGAGAGCUGUGCGUGUCAGAUGAAAACCGGCUGUGAAUUGGGGAGUUAAUCGAGAGGAAAGGCGACAUUUAAAGUUGUGUGGCACACAACUAACGGUUAAGAUGCUAUGUUUAAGUGGUCUUUCGGUGGCUUUUGCGCUUGUACUAGUGCCGAGCAGUAGUGAGGCUUUAAAGGAAGGGGAAUGCGAAGUGUGCGUCAACUUCCUGGGGAGGUUUUACCAGUCUCUGAAAGAUACCGAUGCAGAAUUCACAAGUGCAGCUAUUGAGAAGGCAUUGAUGAAAACAUGUAAUGAGGCCAAGGGAAAAGAGAACCGGCUGUGUUACUACAUUGGAGCCACAAGUGAUGCAGCCACAAAAAUCAUCAAUGAGGUUUCCAAGCCUCUGAGCUAUCAUGUCCCUGUGGAAAAAAUCUGUGAGAAGCUGAAGAAAAAAGACAGCCAGAUCUGUGAACUCAGAUACGAUAAACAGGUGGACUUGAGCACAGUCGACCUGAAGAAGCUGAAAGUGAAGGACCUGAAGAAGAUUCUGGAGGACUGGGGCGAGACGUGUAAAGGGUGUGCCGAGAAAUCAGACUUCAUCCGCAAAAUCAACGAGCUGAUGCCCAAGUAUGCCCCGCAUGCUGCCAAAGCACGGACAGAUCUCUGAUGCCCCUGCCUCCAGAUGAGGAUGAGAGAUUUUGGGGUACAUGGACCACCUGACAGACUGUACAUUCCCAUAGUUUUGAAUGAAAGGGAUAGGCUUUUUUAUAAUUUAUUAUGACAAAGGUAUCUUCUAUUUGGAAUUGAAGCAAAAACUGGUUCUUCAUCUUUGUUUUGACUCCUUGCUUGUAUAUGGAAUAUGUGCAAGAUUUUUAUUAAAAAAGAAAAAGGACAAAGAACCCUUGUUUAGUGGUGUCCAUAAAAUCUUUGAAAUUUCUCACAUUUCAAUGUGUGUAGCUCAUUUUGAAAUCGUCUCUAUUUUAUGAUGUUCUGUAUUUUUUUUUUUCCCCGCCAGUUUCAACAGGUUUUCAGAUUCUGCUUUAUAUAAGCUGCAAAGAAACUUGAAUUCUACUGUAAUGUGAUAGCAGCUGUACAUAUGCUUGGAAAUAUACAUACUGUAUACUGCUUUUACUGAAUGAGAUUAUAGUGUGUGUGGCUUGUGAAAUUGGGCUUGGAUGACCUACAGUAAAAAAACACAAGAAAUGAGAGAAGUGAAGAAAAUAAUACACUUGUUAUGGAAGCUUAAUUUGUUGGAGCAUAACAUACAAACUAAUUAAGUGAGAGAAGUAGACCAGCAAAUUGACUUUGCGAAACCCACGGUAUAAUUAAAUGAUACAUUAAAAAUAGGUCUUUAGGUUAGAAGUUGUCAGCAGUUAUAGCAUUUAUAAUGGAUUUGUGCAGUGAAUUCCAUAGAUGGAGCUUUCUGGUGUAUACCACAUCAUACGUUAUUUGGGACUUGGCCUUCGGCUGAGUAAGAAGCCCCAAAUCAGCAGAUCUUCGGAAACAGUCCAGUUAAGAGUUGGACAAUGUUUGUGCACAGAAUCUUUAAAAUACUCGAGAGAUGGAUCAUACAGUGAAUUACACUAUACGUGUGCAGAAGAACCAUGAAGGUCCCUCUGUUCUUUACUACGCGCCAGUGCUGUUCCCAGAUGAUGGGUGUAACAUGCUGAAUUAGUUGCAUUAAUAAAAAAACUUCCCAUAUUUUUUCCAUA